ACUUUACUAAACUUCAAGUGUCAAAUUACGUCAAGUUAUCAUUUUCGGGUUGGGACUUUUAAAACUUGUAGUUAUUAAUUUAAUGAAAUAAUUAUACUACUUUGGUUAUUUUGUUAUUAAUUGUUAAUCCGAAUAAUAAAACUUCAAUAUGAGUGACCAACAAAUGGAUUGUGCACUGGACUUGAUGCGGAGGCUGCCCCCUCAGCAGAUCGAAAAGAAUUUAACAGAUUUGAUAGAUCUCGUUCCGAGUAUGUGUGACGACCUAUUAUCAUCAGUAGAUCAGCCUCUAAAGAUUGCUCAGGAUCGUAGCAACGGGAAAGACUAUUUAUUAUGCGAUUACAAUCGCGACGGUGACUCCUAUAGGUCUCCUUGGUCGAAUACUUACGACCCACCAUUAGAUGAUGGCUCCAUGCCCUCUGAACGCUUGAGAAAACUAGAAAUAGAUGCCAACCUCGCCUUUGAUCAAUAUCGAGAGAUGUACUUUGAAGGUGGCGUUAGCUCAGUCUACCUUUGGGAUAUGGAUCAUGGCUUUGCAGGAGUAAUAUUAAUCAAGAAAGCUGGAGAUGGUUCCCAAAAGAUCAAAGGAUGCUGGGAUUCAAUCCACGUAGUGGAGGUGAUCGAGAAGAGUUCAGGACGCAAUGCUCACUACAAGUUGACCUCGACUGCAAUGUUGUGGCUUCAGACUAAUAAAGAAAGCAGCGGCACGAUGAACCUUGGAGGCAGUUUGACUAGACAGGCAGAACAAGACUCGACAGUAAGUGAUGUGACUCCGCACAUUGCAAAUAUUGGGCGCAUGGUGGAAGACAUGGAAAAUAAGAUCAGAAACACACUUAACGACAUUUAUUUUGGUAAAACAAAAGAUAUAGUGAGCGGGCUGAGGUCAGUGAUCCCGGCGGACGUGGCGCGCCGCACCGCCGCGCUGCAGCACGACCUCGCGCUCGCCCUGCAGCGCCGCCACGUGCAGCGCGACGACUGAGAGCGCCGCCCCCGCCCCCCGCUCGGCACACGUGAGUGCGGACACCGACCACAGACUCUAGAACGAACAGACUUACAAUUUAACCUAAAAAAGCAACCCCAAUUAAAACGUCUAGAAUUAAAAUUAUUAUCCCAACUACAAUUAUUAAUAAAUCAAAAAUAUAAAUUACUAUCUAUAUAAAUUAAUUUAUUUAUAAAUUGACUUCUAAAACCAAUACAUUUAUUCUGCCAAAAUAGUUUAUAAAUUAAAUAUAUAAAUCAAUCAUAAAUUCAACAUAAUUCAAUAUAAUUGCAAUAUAAUUGCAAUGUUUAAUCCUUUCGUACUAAAAUAUUAUAAAUAUUAAAAGAUAGAAACCAACUUGGUCCACCUGAUGGUUGUCUGGAAGAGAUCGCUCUUAGCGAUAAGACCGCCUAUUGUACUUUUUUAUUUAUCUAAUGUUUCGCAUUGUUUAAUUUUUUUUUUGUGUACUAUAUAGAAUACUCUCUCUCUUUCUCUCUUCCAAUUUUUCGAUAUUCAAAUUUUCUUGCGAAGGCGCAGUCGAUUGAGAUAUCGGCCUCAAGGGUAUAAGUUCCGACGACCACUGCAUUACUGUAUCACGGUAGAAAUAGGCAGGGUGGUACCUACCCGUGCGGGCCCACAAGGCCUACCGUCAGUAAAACUGUCACUUGUCACAAUUUGACAACAAUUACACAUAUCGAGGGGUGAAAGGUCAUUUGGUUGAAGCGACAUUUUUGCAACUGUACAGGAAGCUAAUAAGGCUUAAAAAAAAAAAAAUAAAAAAAAAAACUUCAGCUAUUUCAAUGGCGUUCGAAUUCUUCUUAAUUGAAAUUUGAUUAAAAAUAUCGUCUUUUGAUGCUAAUAAUGGAAAUUCGAAAUGUCGCUUAAACCUUUAUAUACAUAUGUUAUAAUAGUCUUGCAACCCUCGAUAUAUUUUUUUUGUUUAAAUUUCAACUUUAAUGAUAAAUUAAUUGAUUAAAAUUAUUUAUAAAAUUACAUUACGCACUAUGAACACACAAUAUUAUAUGGGAAUAACCGCAAUUUUUCUGCUUAUUUUUUAUGUAUAAUAUGUAAAAUAAUACAUGACAUACAGCCCGUA